AUGGCCCAGCUGGACAGGUCCCGGGCAGGAGACCGCAUCAUGAGCAUACUGUUGGAAGCCAGUGGUGCCUUUGCCACCAGCAUUUUGAAGGUUCUUGGUCAGGAGGACCCUGUGUGCAGUGUCUUCUUCUCUCUCGUGAGCAUUUCCUUUGCUAUGGGCAUGGUCCUGCUGGGGGCCAAGGGCAGCUUGGUGGCCGAGAUGGCUCAGGCACGGGCAUUAAAUACAGAGAAGGACAUUCACGGUGGCUUCCAGUCACUUCUCACCCAAGUGCACAAGUCUGGCGAUCCGUUCUCAUUCAGCAUAGCCAACAAGCUCUUCAGUACAGAGAGCUUUGAGCUCCUCUCAUCAUUUCAGGAGUCCUGUCUCACGUUCUACCAAGGCAAGCAGGAGCAGCUCUCCUUUGCCCAAGCUCCAGAGAGCUCCAGGAAACACAUUAAUGUCUGGGUGUUCAGAAAGACUGGAGGCAAAAUUUAUGAGUUGUUGGAGAAGCAUUCAGUUCAUGGAGUGUGCAGGCUGGUUCUUAUUAAUGUUGUCUACUUCAAAGGAAGAUGGCAAGAACAGUUUGAAAAGUCGAGCACAAUGGGACUGUCUUUCAAAAUAAACCAGCAGGAGCAGAGGCCGGUGCAGAUGAUGUGUGAAGAAGCCAUGUAUCCUUGUGCCCAAGAGAGAGAGGUGCUGGAGCUGCCCUACAAGGGCCAGGGGCUGAGCAUGGUCCUGCUGCGCUUAGAUAAAUGCGUGGACCUCAGCAAGGUGGAAAAAGCCCUGACUUUUGAGCAAUUCCAAAUCUGGACCAGUCCAGAGUUCAUGAAGAGAAAUGAAGUACAAGUUUGCCUUCCGAGAUUUAAACUGGAGGAAGAAUACGACAUGGGCUCUGUGCUAUGGGCUCUCGGCAUACUGGAUGUCUUUCAUCUUGGCAAGGCAGACCUGUCUGGGAUGUCACCUGACAGUGAUCUGUGUCUGUCCAAGUUCAUGCACAAGAGUGUGGUGGAGGUCAACGGAGAAGGCAUGGAGGUUGCGGCAGUAUCAUCUUGUAUGGUUGAAAAUUAUUGUGAUAAUAAAGGUAGGCCAGAGUUCUGCACUGACCGCCCCUUUCUGUUCUUCAUCAGGCACAACAGGACCGACCAAAGCCUGCUCUGCUGUGGCAGGUUCUCAUCCCAUAAGGGGUGCAUGCCCUGUGUACGCGAGCAUUUCCACCUCUUUCCCCAAACCCUGUAA